AUGAAAUUUCAAGUGUUGCUUCUCCUGCUUUCCAUCACCCUUUGUGUUGGAUCUUCUCAAACUUCUGUUUAUGAUUGUGUCCUUCAUAUUCAAUCUUCUUCAGCCUUGGUUAGUUCGAACUGUGAACUGUACAAUUGUGGAGGGUUUAUCAAAGGCUGUUGUGGACCGUAUUUUGGUGAUUACCUUUAUGCCUUGGGGGUGAGGGCAAACCAAACUGGAAAAGUAUUCUUGAAUCCCUCAGAGCAAAAAAACUGUAUGGCAUCAAUGGAAGCUUUUGACACAAAAUUUACUUGUUCUGGAAUGGAGAAGCUAACAAGUGGAACUGGUGGUUGCUCUGAUUACACCAUCACAGAUGUUGUUAAUCAGCUUGGGGACAGCCUUAGGAGUUUGGAGGAAGAAUGCAUGCCUUUGAGCACAUAUGGUAGGCCAAAUGAAACUUGUACUAAAUGUUUGAAAGCAUGGGAGGAUAUCAGUGCAAAACCAGACACUACAAGAGGAUCAGAGUUAGCAAAUAUCAGUUCUUAUCUUUGUAGGUUUGCUGUGCUUGUCUCAUUAACAAGCACAAGAAUUUAUGAUAAGGAAUCAAUUCUAGAAGUUUAUAAAUGCCUUGGGGAACAUGCCCUUUCUGGAGGAUUAGCUUCAGCUAAUGAAGAAGUCCAGGCUAGGGGCAAUGCUAAUAUAAACUCAGGUCUCUGGAUUGCCUUUGGCAUAAUAGGAGUUACAGUAUUGGUGUUUCUUGGCGCACUAGCAUUAUUUGUCACAAGAAUGAGAAGUGUUACAUCAGUACAACAUGAGUCUGAUUCACCUUCACUGAAGAUAACUUUGAAGGAUGUUUAUGUAGCAACAGACAAUCUCAGUGCUUCAAAUUUCAUAGGCCAAGGCAUAGCCGGAAAAGUGUACAAAGGUGUACUCUCCAACAAUCAAUCUGUUGCAGUGAAGCAUAUCACCAAUGAAUGUUACAUGGAGACAUUUGUCAGAGAAGUGAGAAGCCUUUCUCAUGUUAGACAUCAGAAUUUAGUAGCUUUGCUGGGAUACUGUGAAAAUGAAGCUGAAUGUUUUCUAGUGUAUGAGUUAUGCCACAAUGGAAACCUCUCAGAAUGGCUAUUCGGCAAUGGUAAAGUUCUUUCAUGGAUUCAAAGACUAGAGAUUGCCAUUGAUAGUGCAAGAGGCCUUGAGUUUCUCCACACCUACCCAAAUGGCUGCAUCGUUCACCGUGAUAUAAAGCCAUCAAACAUUCUUAUUGAUGCUAACUUCCAAGCAAAGCUUUCAGACUUUGGGUUGUCCAGGGUUAUGGACUUGGGUCAAUCCUAUGUGAGCUCAGAAGUAAGAGGAACAUUUGGUUAUAUUGAUCCUGAAUAUAGGGCAAAUCACCAUGUAAAAGCCUCAGGAGAUGUCUACAGCUUUGGAAUAAUGUUGUUGCAACUUCUAUCAGGACAAAGGAUCCUCAACAUUGAUUUCGAGAGACCAAUUUCUCUGGGUAAAAUGGCCAGAGAUGUUGUUAGAGUUGGUGAUAUUUCAGAAUUUGCUGAUCCUAAACUCAAAGGGAAGUACUCAGUUGAAGCAUUUGACAUCGUACUAAAGCUAGCUUUGUCUUGCAUAGGGCUCAAGCGCCAAAGGCCCUCUAUAGGUCAGGUGUUAUAUAGCUUACAAAAGACACUAGAUAUUUCUUUAUAA